UUUAUUAGAAUGCACGAUGCUUUUAAUUUUAAACUCUCCUCUUCUCAGUGCAAAAAGCUCAAAGAAUAAUGUGUUAAAUUCCAUAUGUUAGCAAUUUAACAUAUUGCUAAUAAUAAAUCUACACUUACAUCUAUUUGAAAUAAACAAUUUUAAGUUCGGAAAAUUUUCAUUAAAAUUCCUUACUUGUUUCUAACUAUCGUUAGUAACAAAUCUCAAAAUUUAAUGUCCUAAAACGGACCACUCAUAGUUUAUUAUUACAAUGGCUCAAUGUUCAAUUUUCAAGUGCUUCUUCAAGAAUCCAAAGUUUAAGUUUAAUAUUAUCAAAAGAUUACAACAUGCUUGCAGUGCUGUUAGGAUGGAUGUGGAAGUGAAUAAAGGACAGGGGGUUCGUCUAUGGGAUAAAAACGGAAAAGAAUAUUUGGACUUUAUCGGAGCCCAGGGAUCUGUCAAUGCAGGGCACUGUCACCCUAAAUUAAUAAACUGUAUGCAAGAGCAGAUGUGUAUUUUGCAUCAAACAAGUCAAGGAAUAAAUACAAAUGUUUUACCUGAGUUUUCUCAGUAUAUAUGUCAACUGUUCAAUUAUGACAGGGUUAUUACGCAAAACAGUGGACUUGAAGCCUGUGAAACUGCUGUGAAAUUGGCCCGAAUAUGGGGGUACAAGUUAAAAAAAAUAUGCCCCAAAGAAGCAGUGGUUGUCUUUUGCAACAACAAUUACUGGGGUUGCUCAAUUGCAGCUGUUUCAUCAAGUACUGACCCUUUGUUGUUUUCUGGAUUUCAGCCUUUGCUAUCUGGGUUGAAAUUAAUUCCUUAUGACGAUCCAUGUUCUCUCGAAGAAAUUUUACGAAAUCCAAAUGUGUGUGGUUUUAUGGUCGAACCGAUACAAGGUGAUUAUGGUGUCUGUUUACCACAAGAUGGCUAUUUGGCAGAAGUAAGACGACUCUGCACGCAGCACAAGGUCUUGUGGAUCUGCAAUGAAGUAUUGACUGGUCUAGGAAGAACUGGGUUGAUGUUGGGAGUUGACCAUGAAUGUGUCAAACCCGACAUACUAGUACUCGGCAAGUCUUUAGCUGGUGGGAUGUACCCUGUGUCAGCCGCCUUGGCCAGUUGUGAAGUUAUGGAUCUUCUUAGGCCAGGGUCACACACUUCAACAUUUGCUGGCAAUCCUUUAGGUACUAGGACUGCUCUCAGCAUGCUAAAAUUGAUCAAAGAAGAAUGCUUAUGUGAAAAUGCUGCCAACAUGGGAGCACUGUUAAGAGAUGGAUUAUUAUGUACAUUCAACAAAGAUGAUAUGCCAAUUCUACGUGGAAAGGGCUUAUUAUAUUCUUGCAAAAUUGAUCCUAGAAUUGGCAGCCCUUGGGAAAUAGCUGAAAACUUAAGAGAUUGUGGUCUGCUUGUUUGGCCAAGCCAUAAUGAAUACCUCCGUUUCACCCCACCGCUGGUGGUUAGUGAAGAGGAAGUAACCCAAGCGAUCAGCAUAUUCAAAAAAGUUAUAGACCACAUGAAGGGCGUACACAAAAAUUGUUGAUGUUUAUUUCUAAGGAAAAUAAAUGCUUCUCUUGUGUUGUUCCUAUAAUA